AUGUUCUCCUGCAACACCAGCACUUCUGGUCAUUCUACAUUCCUCCUCACUGACUUUCCAGGCCUGGAAGCCUCUCAUCAUUGGGUUUCCAUCCCCAUCAACCUCAUCUGUGUGGUUUCCAUCCUGGGUAACAGUUUCAUCCUUCUCCUGAUCCGCACAGAUCCAUCCUUACAUGAACCCAUGUACAUCUUCCUAUCCAUGUUGGCAGCCUCUGAUCUGGGACUUUGUGCCUCUACCUUCCCCACCAUGAUGUGGCUCUUCUGGCUGGGUGCUCGUGAGCUGCCGUUUGAUCUCUGUGCAGCACAAAUGUUCUUCAUCCAUGCCUUCACCUAUGUGGAAUCUGGUGUGCUGCUGGCCAUGGCCUUUGAUCGUUUUGUUGCCAUCCGGGAACCUCUGCAUUAUGCCACAAUUCUGACCCACUCAACCAUGGCCAGAGUGGGGGCUGCCAUCCUGGUGAGGGCUGUCCUGCUCAACCUCCCAGGACCCAUCCUCCUGUGGCGUCUGCUUUUUCCCCAGAUCAGUGUACUUUCUCAUUGUUACUGCCUACACUGUGACCUUGUGGGAUUGGCCUGCUCAGACACCCAGAUCAACAGCUUGGUUGGCCUGGUCUCCAUCCUCUUGUCACUGGGCCUUGACUCCUUCCUCAUCAUGCUCUCAUAUGCCCUGAUCCUACGAACAGUGCUGGGCAUUGCAUCACCUGGGGAAAGGCUCAAGGCACUCAACACAUGUGUCUCACACCUCUGCAUUGUUCUCAUCUUUUAUUUGCCCAAACUGGGGUUAUCUGUGCUGCACAGAGUAGAGAAGCACAGCUAUCCUGCUCUGGCAGUACUCAUGGCCAACCUGCACUUCUUGGUCCCACCCUUCAUGAACCCCAUUGUUUACUGCAUCAAGUCUAAGCAGAUACGUCAGGGCCUCCUAAAGCGCUUCCAGCAGAAAAGGGUUGAUAUCUCCCAGAAGAACAGAAGGACCCAGAAACACAAGACCUCUGUGGGGAAACCUGGGUCUUUGGGUGGGGGAGAAUUAGUGGUGGAGAGUUAA